UUACCGAUAGGUCGACGCGCAAGUUUUAAGACGCAACGGCACAAUGUUGCUGGACGACCUCAUCUACGUGGGGCUGCUGUUGAUGUGCAUCGGAUUCGGCAAGGUGUACCGAGAGAUCGAGUCACCGCGUUCGCGGCAGUGGGCCGGGACCGGUUUGGGCCUCUUCCUCGUCGUCCUGGUCAGCAAGACCCAUGUGAUACAUCCCCUGAUAAGUACCUUCGUCAAUGCUCUAAUCAUCACGCAGCUGUCGCCCAGGAUCAGCCACCUGGUAAGCUUCUUCUUCUCCUUUUUCUACCUGCUCGUCAUCUUCCGGCUGUCGGAGUGGUUCGGACUGCCAACGCCCCCGGGCCAUGCGAACCUCGUCCAGAUGAUGCUGACGCUGAAGCUCGCCGGACUUGCUUUCGAGGUGAACUCCGCAACAACGGCGCCUCAAGAUGAUCCUCAGGGCAUAAGUUCCGCCGCCCUUGCGAGGCUUGGCCUCCUCGACGUCUUCCAUUACGCAUUCAGCUACAUCGGCGUCCUAACCGGGCCUUAUUAUCGAUAUCGAACAUAUUGGGACUCGCUGCAUCGUCCGUUCGCAGCCAAAGCUGAUCACUGGGGCCACACUUAUAAAAAGCUCGUUCAAAUCAGUGGCUUCACCUUUUGCUUCCUCCUGUCAAACUUUUUCUUCCCCGCCAAGUAUUCACUGACGGAUGAAUUCGCGGACAGGUCGUUCCUCUACAGGUGCUGGUACAUUUAUCCGACGUUCGUCACCUUUCGUAUGCGGAUGUAUAUAGGAAUGAUGCUGUCCGAGUGCGUCUGCCAAAUGGCCGGAUUGGGUGCUUAUCCGACCAAAUGCGAGCCCGUGUCUGGCCUUGGCCCUAAGGAUUACAAGACUACAAUAGCACUAUCCAACGACCCCCGAUCGAUUAAACCCCACGAACUGGAUUUCGAGACGGUGCAUAACAUGAACGUGUGGGAGGUGGAAAAGUGCAUCCUGGUGCGCGACGCCAUGAAGAAGUGGAACACCUGUGUGCAAUAUUGGAUGGCCGUGUGUGUGUAUAAAAGGUUCCCGCAUCGUGGCCUGAGAACGGCGGCUACCCUCACCCUCUCCGCCCUCUGGCACGGUUACUUGCCCGGAUACUACCUUUGCAUUUGCCAGAUCACCUUCUUCCUGCCCAUGGAGGACAUUUAUGCGAGGGUUUACAGGAAAUAUUCCCGAGGACAUCCGGUAAGUGCAUUGAUAGGCCAGGAUUUUGCAUUAGUUGACUGCAUAAAGCUAUCGCUCCACUGUCUACUCUGGUUCACCAGGAUCACAUGCAUGUCUUACCUCGGACUAUCGUUCCAGUUGCUGGAACUCAGUGAGACGCUCACUUUCUACAGGAGCAUCUAUUUCGCCGGUCACGUUCUCGUGCUCGUGCUCUACCUGUUAGGCCGACUGGCCUUGUUCCGAUCAUCAACCGUCCUCCAAGCUGACAAACCCAAGGAUAGCUAGAAGCCAUGGAAGUCAUUGGCUCAGUUGUA